AUGCUGUCUUUUGCUCCUACCCCCAUCUUCUCUGGCACUUGGGACCAUCGUCCUGUCGUCUCAUCGCCGCUCUCUUCUUCACCCGUUCGCGCGUCAUCGCCACUUUCCCCCAUUGACCGGAACGCGAAUUCUCAACGACAAGUUCAGUCUUCUCCCAUUAAACCCCCCAAAUUCAAGUUCGCUUCGCGUCCUACACGGCCCAAUCCCCUCAAUCGCAAACGAGAGGAGGUACAAGACGGCAGGCGAAAGCAGUAUCUUCAGAAUGUCAAGCAAGCCCGUGAAGAUAAGGCAUGGCAACGACGAGAUAUCGAGGGACAAUUUUUGAAAACGAAUUACCUAGCCGAUAGAGGACAGCUGUCACAUGAUGCCCCCGAGAUCACCGAAGCAGACAUAGAAGAAGCCACGACUUUUUACCAAGAACAUCCUUCGGUCCCCGAAGAGGAUGAGAUGGUGAUGGACGAGGAAGAGCAGUUCGAAGCCAUGCUGGCAUCUUAUGAAGAUCAGCAUACGGCUCCUUUGCAGCGAGCACCAUCGCCUGCGCUCUCAGAUGAAGACUAUGACGACGUCUUUGCUGAACUUAUCGCGCAAGAACAAGCAUGGCAAAGCACAGAAUUACAGCCACAAGACCAAAUGGACACUUCUGGUGAUAUUGAGAUGCAAUAG